AUGGUUACAAUGGUUAUAUUUUUCGUAAUUUUCUUAUUAAACGGAGCUAAAUCUAUAAAACUCAGUACUAAAUUGAAUACAUUUAAUGCGAAAAAUACGUUAUUAACAAGUUACACAGAAGACGUUUCUGCUUUGCAAAUUCAACAAAUCCGGACGACAUCGGAAAAGGCGCCCGCGGCCUCCGCCGGAAACAAUCUAAAUGACGUUUCUAGCGGUGCUCUGAGUAAGCCUCUGGAAGUACAAGAAGAAAAUUUCCUGGCAAUCUCCCCUAUUUUAUUAUUCAGAAAAAAAUCUAACGAUGGAAAAUAUAGCGAUGCAGAUGAAGGAAAUGUCAAAUUACUUGGAACGUACAAUAAAAUAUCUACGGGAGAAAAUAAAAUGGCAUUUCCUUUCUACAACAGUUCAAAAAUGAGAAACGAAGUUAAUUUGCCGAAACCUCUAAAUUUAAUAUGGGAAAACUGCAUGGAAUCGGUUCUUAAAGAUCAUAAUAAAAUAAAUUCUAAACAUCAAAAUGAAAUGGAAAUUGCCAAAAACUUACAAAUGAACAAUAACAAAAUAGUCGGAAAUAUUUGGGAUAAAAGAGAUGCGGAUGCUAUUCACUCAGUCGCUGUAAAGGCUUGGUUAGAAAAGUAUAAUAAUUUAACAAUUGCCAAUAAGAAAGAACGAAUAGAAAAGGCAAAUAAUAUGACUUUGCUCAGUCAAUCAACAACACCUCCUGCGGUAUCGAAUUCAACAUCUUUUGAAAUAUUUUCUAUAACAAAGGAAAUUCUUGAAGACCGUGACUAUUCCAUAAAUUUAACUCCAGAUUUAGCUGUAACAGAAAAUAACUUAAGAGUCAGCAGUUCUAUGGAAUUGUCUGAGGAAAUGGAUCGAAGUAAAAUAAAAUUUAGCAGUUUACCUCAGAUGCAAAACUAUUUAAUACCGAAGUUUAAACUAGAAGAAGGAUUUCAUCCAUUUACAUUUAUGUCUGAGUUCUUUUCAUUUAUUUACCCAUUUGACUUUUCUGAUGGUAUUGCCAAGGAUAUUAUCUUAGGAAAAAACACAUUUCCAUACUCAUUUAUACAGUCCAUUAAAUUAGAAUCAACGUUCCUGGCAUUCAUCGUGCUCUUCAUCUGUAUCGCUUUAAUAAUACCUUCAUACCUUAUAAUUUUGGGUAUCUUGGCACUUAUAUCAAGUUCAAAUAGCGGCGAUGAGAUAGAAACAGGAGCCUUAUUCCCUGAGACAACAAAAUCAAAUUGGGGUGACAAGUUGUUGGUUUUCAUGACGUUUUUCGCCGUGAUAUUAUGUUGCAUCCUUAUAGGUGGCAUGAUAUUAAGUAACGAACAGUCACAUUUGGCAGCAGCCAGCAGCCGCAAUGUGGUCAACUGUGCGUGCGCAGAUAUAGCCGCAUGGUUGGCGGUCGCUGCCCGCGAACUUCAUCACUGUCUGGUUCCGCCGAUAGAUCUAGUUUUUUACGCUUAUCAAGAAGACUUAAAAAAUGUAAAUACAUUGCUGGGCGUGCCAAUUCAACACGCGAUUGCUUCUGAGAGCGGUAUUGAUUUGGUCCUCGAUUCCGUGGCUGACAUAAUUACAGAAAGUGAAGAUCUAUCAACGAAAAUUGCCUCUCUUCGUAACAUAAGUAUGAAAGCGGGGGCGCUGGCAGUUGUCGCAUCAGAUAAGAUAAACGACCUCGCUCGCCAGAUAGACAGCCUGAAGAAGCAAUGUUCGCCAAAGGACACGCCACUCUGUGACACCCUCAACACGCAUUCCUUGCAGCUAAAACUGCAGUUCAACUCGAUACUAAAGGAACAACAGUUGUUGGAGCUUCGUACCUUAGGAGUAGACAAUCUGACGCUUGCAAUAUCCACUGCGAAGCAAGAGCUGCGUUCUCUGCCUUCAGUUAUUUUAACACAAACCAAGCAAGUAAGAGAUAAUAUUCUCCGAGACAUUGAAAAUCGCAGAGACAAAGUUCACAGCUCGGCUAGAAUCCUAAGUGACAUCGUACGCUACCUAACGGCCGGCUUGCAUUCUUUAGCCAGGGAGCUGGAGACGGGCCUCGACAGAAUAGAAAAAUACGAAUUUUGGAGGUGGACAUUUAUGUUAGCAUGCACAAUAGCUUUUUCUUUUGGGAUGACACUCAUACUAAUUGCCAUGCUAUGUGGAUGCGGCAAAUCCAAAAGUAACGCUAAGAGGACUCUUCAAGUGUCUGCAGUUUGGUUAUGCUUCGCUUCCCUGCUUUUAUGGGCCGUGGUUUCCGCAGUCUUUCUUAUCGCGGGCCACGCCGAGGUAUACGUAUGUCACGCACUGUGGGACACUUCGCAAUAUAAAACUCUCUCAAAGCUUUUAGACCGACCGUCGCCAUUGUUGCAAAACCGCGAAGGAAUUUUUGAUGCACUAUUUAGAGACCUAGAAAAUGUUACUAUAGAUGUUUCUAUGAGGGAUGUCUUAAGAGACUGUGAGAGAAAUCGACCAGCGUACGUCGUUUUUCAACUCGACAGAAUCUUGGAUGUUAACAAAGAGACAUCUUACUUCGAAUGGGAGGAGCUGCAAGCGGAUCUGGGACGAUUGUCAUCAUCUGUCGACGUCAGCUUCCUUAGAUCUAUAUCUAUCCCAUUUAACAGAAUACUUAAUGAAAUUCUAAUAAAAUCCAACGUGAAUCUGCCUCUCUACAGGAUGGAGUACAACAACCCAAUUGUUGGAAAGGACUUAGCAGCAUUAGAAGAUCAAUUAGAGAAUGUGGCAGCUCAAGUCUCGGAUUUAAACACAUCUGGAAGACUAGGGAGUUUAGCCAAGCGGACGGGGGGAGUAUAUAUCACUUAUAUAAAACCAUUGGAGCAAUUAAGAGCAGACCUUGUAUUUAAAUUGACCGAACUAGAACUACAAUUAAUACCCUAUAGAAGGAGAUUGAAUAUCUCACUAAGCCAUAUUCACACAGCGCAGUAUUAUAUCGACAACCAGGGAGAUGUCAUAGCACAGAAGAAAGUGUCAGUGUACGUAUCUCGGCUGAUCUCCCACGCGGCGGGGUGGCGCUCUCACGUACUCACGUCCACCGGGAAACAAGCCGCACGAUGUCAACCGCUAUUUGCUGUGUACGCUGCGGUCAGAGCAUUGCUCUGCAAUAAGUAUGUCGCUUCCCUGCAUGGUUGGUGGGUUAUCGGUGCAGUGUUAGGACUUCUAUGGUGUAUAUUUUUAACUCCACUAUGUGUCAAGCUAUGGCGAACAUACGACCGAAAGAUUAAUGAUCAAGAUUUAAUGACAAUGAAUAACUUCAAUACAGCCCCUCCAGGAACUCCCGCAACGGAACCUUGUGAAAACGGCAACUGGAAUACACCAGGGCCGCCACCACCACCACCACAAGACGACAGUUGGUGA